AACAACAAGAGUCACUCCAUAAACACAUUUCAAAAUUCUCUUAUACUUUAUUUCAAUUACACUGCACUAAAAAGUCUGUAAAACUCAAUAUAGAAUGAGUAAUACUAAUCGUUGCGAUUUCACAUAUCAGCGAUAAUGCUAUUGUAUUUUUAUUGAAAUUGCAAACUUAUAUGUAUUACAUGUAUUUAAAAAUACCCACUUAUUGAAUCAUAAAGCAUUAUCAAUGUAAACCGUAACAACUUUACAUAGAAUAUCACGUAGACAUAGAGAAUCAACAAUAUUUAAUCCAUUUCGUUUCCGAAUAUAUCUUGUCUCUGAAACUAGAUCACGAAAUAUCCCCACGCUCCGAUUCUUCUCCUUCCUUCGUGGGAAAAGUUCCGGUGGAGGGGAUUCGUACAUGGUCCUCGUGAUAUCGCAAGUGUGGAAGGAGUAAUGGCUUCGCGUAGAGUGGAAGGGAAUGUCAGAGAUGGUCGCGGGGUUCGAUAACGCAGGCUUGUCCUGUCUAAUUACUCGGAAUUUACUCGUAGAAGGAGUAGAGAACGUAACAGCGUAGAAUACGAUAGAGACUGGAAUAAUAGGCACGAGGAAAAUCGUCCGUGAAGAACGAGCGAAGAAUGGCCUGUUCAGAAAUGCCGGUCACCACGCUCACCGUCUCUCUCGUUUACCUUCUGGCGCUCUUCGGUUCUUACUGUCAAAUGGCACCAGCCGUGGCCGGAGCUACCAGAGGCUGGCAAUUGGGAAGCGGGCUGAAAUAUAAACUGACAACGACUUUGCUAUUUAGCGAAGCGGCUCCAUCGAAAUCCAGUGGAGAUGUUGGCUUUCGUUUGACCGGCGAGUUGGACGUGACUGCCGUUUGGCGGAAACCGGAUGAUCGAGAUACCUUCUUGUUGAGAAUCGAGCUUUAUCAUCCGCAACUAUGGAUCAAAUCUCGAAGGGCGCCGGAACCGGAAGGAUUCAUCGAGCACUCGUCAAGAAUAAACGCCCUAUCAAAGAAUCCACUUUUGUUAGUAUGGAGGAACGGCGAGGUGCAAUCGAUCUUCACGGAUCCGGCAGAAAGCGUCUCCUCGGCGAACUUGAAACGCGGCCUUGCCAGUCUCCUCCAAUACAGGGUGUUCGACAACGACGUUGAGGAGCGUGACGCCUCCGGUCUCUGCACGGUCAUCUAUCACUCCCUCGGCCCCGAAACAGUGGGAAAACGUAAAACAUCGUGCGAGCAGAGCACUCUGCCGUCAAGGAAACGGCAUCCAAAUCCGUCGUUCGACGUGAGAGUGUCGAGCAGCCGCAAUUCCACGUACGAGCUCACGCAAGACCUCCUUUUGCCCAGCUUGAUUCGUGACGAGGAGAGGCACAGGAUGGUGCUCGCCGCCAGACCGGAAAUGGGCACCAUAGUUACGUCAGAGAGGACACUCGAACUGUUGCCUGGCACGCUGAACGCGAAAACCGUGCAAGCCGAUACGUUGAAGCAGGCUGUUGCUGCUGUGCAACCUGGAUGCAGGGAGACGAGUAUCGAACUUCAGUUGGAGCCAUUUGCGUGCCCCGAUACCGGAUGUCCCACGAUUGAACAAACAAUCGAUGAGUAUCGCAACGCUUUGGAGAGCAACGCUUUGGGCACAGGGAAAUCGGCCUCUGCGUUCCUCAAGUUGGUACCUCUAGUCAGAUCAGCCUCUCCAGACGAGCUAUUGAAAAUAUUAAAAAGUCCCCGAUAUCGUCAACUGAAACCGCAACUAUUGGACGUGUAUGGCGUGGCCUCAACCGUGGCGAGUCAUCAAGCAGCCAUGAAGAUUCUGAAACAGGAUGAAAGGGGCGACGAAACCGAAAGAUAUCUCUGGGCCCUGUCCUUGUCCCCAACUCCAGAUGCAGAUAUCGCUAAAAACAUUCUGAAACGGUCAGAAGAGACUAAUCCAAACGACAAAGUAGCAGAGACGUUAGCCCUAACUGCGGCAGCUAUGGCACGCCAUCUAGGAUCUCCAGCUGCCAUAGAAAAAGCAAGGACUAGCUUAGAAAUUGGCCUGGACAGUUGCACGGGAGAAGAGUGCAAAUUAAAGUUCCUUAGAGCGUUGAGAAAUUUAAGAAGCAAAACUGCGAUCCCUAAAUUGUUAAAAUUUGCGACAAGUGAGGAGAAGUCGCUCAGCAUUGCUGCCUGGAAAGCUUUAGCUACUCUGCCCAAAGAUUCGAUCACAUCCGAGGUGAAGGAAGCAGCCAGACGUGUUUUCUAUCAAAUAGGUGGACCCAAGAGGGACAGCAGCGCCAGAACUCUGGCCCUGGAUAUCAUUCUGGAAACAGGCCCGUCGAAGGAAGACGUUGGACACCUCGUGGAAUACUUGGCAGGCACAGAUCCUGCGUACGAGGUCCGCAAGUAUCUCAGUCAACGAUUGGAACAGGUUUCUGAAAAAGAUCCCCGAUUAGCCAAGGAUUUGAACGAAGUCUUAAGCACAAGUGGGAAAGAUAUCGUUAAUUAUAACGUGUUUUCCCAAAAAGGUUUAAGCACAGCGUUCACUAGAAGCUUCUUAAGAUCGCCAGACAGCAAUGGAUCGCUGGUAACCAUUCAGGAAAUCAGCUCAGGAUUGAUGAAACGUGGGAUAGUGGACGUGAUUCUCCAAGUGGAGGACCACGAGGAGGCGUUAUUCUCCCUUGGCCUGUUCGCGGGGGGUCUAGGAAGCUUCGUCUCGACGUCUGAGGAAGAAGAUAUCCAAGACAACGAACCUGCCACGGCAGGGAUGGAGCUAGAUUUCUUGGGAGUUGGCAUCAGGCCGUUCGUUUUCUUCUCUGGCCAAGGGGAGCUCAUGGGCCACGUCUGGUCCGGCACAGGGUCUGAACGGACCCCAGCCUUCCAAGCCUUGUCCUCAAUCCACUAUCACAACGAAUACAUCCCACUGGGUUCGGGGAUCGUGAUUGAGAUUGACGUUCAGGGCGCGGUCAGCUUCGAUUUAGCUGGACAGAUUCAACUGAGUCUGUGGUCCAGAAAUGCCCAGUCUCUGGUAGAUUUGAAGGCUGGAGUGGUGAUCCAAGGAGGGGCGAAGGUGCGAUCCGACUUCGUGCAGAGCAUGGCCGAAUUCUCCAUGACCAUGGAGCCCAAAUUGGAGUUGGCCACCGACGUGGACUUUUCUGGACCUGUCUCUUUGUGCAUGAAACUCAGCCAACCAGAGAACGUGGUCAAGUAUCAAGUGUACAAGGUCGAAAGGGUGGCCGGAAGUAGGCACAAGCUGAGGAAGACUAGGAGGAUAAGGCUGCACAAUCCUGGUAAAUCUUAUCUGUUGAACAGAAAGAAUAACGAAAUGUGUUCCAAGAUUACUGGUUGAAUUGAAGACUGGUUUUGUUAAAGUUUGCCACGAAACUUUAUAAAAUAUACAAAGACAAUUGUAAAGGAUAUCAAAUUCUUCCUCCAUGUGCAGAAAGAGAAACCAUGCGUUACAUGUGAAACAAAGAUAUAAGGCGAGAGAUUUUUUAUUAUUGUGUAAGUAAGUAUAAUUGAUGCAUUUACAAUUCUCGAUCGAAGAGAAAUCUUAUUACGCGAAAUCAUUCCAAUGAUUAGUUUGUUUCACAAUUCAAUUUUGAUUUAAACUCUUUUUUUUAUUAUGUAACGAUUUUAUAAUUUCAAAUUAUUUUAUUUGUUUC